GCGUCCCUCGCCAUUUGCAUCGCCGGACACGGAAGAAUUAUUUCCUAGAAAAAGGAAUAUCUAGGAUGGAUGGCUACCCUGCUACAAAUACGGCAUCCUUCAAUGGGCAGAUAGGCAACUCAAUUGGACCAAUCAAAUUUGAAAGUGAGCCCUACCAUUACGAUGUCAGCAACAACAACCAUAAUUAUGGAUACGACGGUUCAGGGACUUAUGGGCACGUACCCUUUCAGCCAACCGGAUUUCAGUAUACACCAGGAACUCAGCCUCAGGGGACACUUCAGACCAAUGCUCAAACCCCUAAUCUUUAUAACAACCAACCCUUAAACCAGUCCUCUUUACCUGUGGCAGUAAAUGGAGAUAGUAAAUACAUUACUCCCAAGAAACCCAUGAAUUCCAGCACGGAGCACCACUGUGAUAUAUGUGACAAGGUGUUCAGCUCGAGUGCCAGCAUGAGACGACAUCGAGAAAUUCACACAGGCAUGAAAAAAUUCUCGUGUGAACUUUGUGGGAACAGUUACACCCAAAAACACAACCUUACAAAGCACAUGCGAGUGCAUACAGGUGAGAAGCCAUACAAGUGCCAUGUGUGUGACAAACUGUUCUACAUUCAUCAUCAUUUGAAGAACCACAUGUUCCAGCAUACAGGAGAAUUACCGUUCCAGUGUGCCAAAUGUAACAAACGCUUUAAACACAAGUUCAGGUAUGAACGUCACUUGCGGACACACGAGGAAGGAGGAAAUACUGAUGGAAGUGUCGCACAGACACCCCCAUCAU